AUGUAUUGGAAACUGUUUGUGUCACUGCUGCCGCACCUGCUUGUUGGUAACUGCCUGGCCAGAUCUGUCAUUUACGAAAAUGUCGAGGACGAUGUCGCAGCCGUUGGCUCCCUCAUUCGCGAGGUACGUCAACCGGCGCCAUUAAAAUUCUUUGCGGAAGGGAGAGACCUAAUGAGCGCCGGUAACGCACCGAAGUCACAAGAUACUAAAAAACGCACGAAAAACGCAUCUGGCAAAUCAGACGAGGGUGGUUACUACAGAACCUACGGGAGCGAUGCGGAGGGUGAGAAGGGUUACUUGAAGGAAACCUACGGUAAAGGUGAUCACGGCUACAAGACUCUCGACACCUUCCACAAACAGGAUGGCGACAAAUACGAAUUUGAGACGGAAACGGCUUACGGCAAGGCCAAGACUGACGAUAAUCGCAAGAAGCAUAACGAGAAAAAGAAUCGCGACCACGAGAGCGCAGGUACUAUGAUUGAUACGGACUAUGCCGGUGAGGCGAGCGAUCACGGUGAAGGAAGCGAAUACUCGCACUACACAGGAGGCGACGAUGGAGAUCAUUACAGUAGCCAUUACACGGAGAAAGAGCCGGAAUCUCACAGCCACAACGAACAUUAUUCCUCGGGAGGUGGUGACGACGGAUCUUACGAAACGCACAGCUCUUACAGCUCCGACGGGGAAGAAGAAGAGGGAGACGAUUAUUAAUUUUAUCAGUGUACAUCACUUUAAUGUUCAGUCUUAAUUGGAGCUUUUUUUUUCUUUUCAAUUUCAACCGCAACCUCUGUUAAAUAUUAAUAUUGUAUCGCAUAUAAAAUACGCGCGUUAUCACUAGGAAUUAUCUAAAAUAAUAGUGCACAUAUAUUUGUGUAUAUGCAUAGAUAUAACUUUUUAACAAAAACAAUGUAUACCUCGCGCGCAUGCAUAUACACACACAUUCUCUAUUAUGUUACAAGCGAUUAAUACUUACUUUGCAACGGUAAAUUUGUAAUAUAGAUCGAUUGUAAUAAUAAUUUAUGCUUAACAGCCAA